AUGAGACUCAACUGUGAAAAAGAAAUUUAUGUCUUUAUUAAUUAAUUGUAGUCACAAUAAUUAGGGAUUAACUAACUAAUUAAAUAAGAUCUUUACAUUAUAUUUUAGGAUUCCAUCUUAAAAGGAAGAUGUUGGUGAAGAAGAACCUUAUAAAAAGAUAGAUGCUCUUUAUUAAAUAUUAUCCUAAAUAUUGAUAAAUCAAUCUUUACAGAAAUACUGCAGGUUCGAAAAAAAAGAGAAAACCCCAGGCAUACUUGGAUAUUUCUCAUAGAAAAACAAUAAAAGAUAUACCAAUCCUUGAAAAACAAGUUGAUAUCAAAAAUAACUAAUUUAUUAAGAAAUAUCCAAGAGCAUCCCUUUAGCAAAAUUAAUUACUCUGUAGUAUCUAAUGAUAAGGUAAGGGGAGAUUUAGUCAAAAAGAAAUUGGAGAACUAGAAAAUAAUUGAUUUUCUAAAGUUUUUAGUCCACUUAACUAGUAUUGAUGAUAGAUUUGUAUAGUGUGGAUCCAAUUCACUUAACUUAUUGGUAGAAAUGAAGCCGAUCUAAGUAAUUAAAGUUGGGAAGACGUUAGAAUAAAGGAAGCAUUUUUAAUAAGUGGAAGUUUUGUAAGAUGCAACUUUAAUGGAGCAGAAUUUGAUGGUGUAAAUGUAAGUGGAGUGAAUCUUAAUGGUGCUUUACUAUUUAAUUGCAAAUGGAAAAAUAUAAAGUUUUAAUGUAAAACAAUAUUUACAACUUUAAUGUUUGUAAGUUUUUAAUCAUGUAUGUGGGGAAUAAGUAUAAUUAUAAUUAAACUGAACAAAUACAAAC